UUAACUAUAAAAGCACAUCAAUUACCAGUCUAAAAGUCAGCUUGCAUCCACUUCUAAAGGGUCCAAGAUGAAGCCAUUCUUACCGCUAUUUGUCUUUGCUGCUGUUAUUGUUGCCGGGAAUGGAAGACUUAUUUUCAAACACAGAGUCAGCAUUGGAGACGACAAGCCACUAGGUGACGUCAUAAACGUUGCAGAAGACGAUGACGUUUCGUUUGACGUCGAGAGCAGAGAUGACGAUAACGUCUUUCCGUAUUUCGACGACCAGCUCGUGGAAGAUUCUUUCGAAGCUGAAGAUGAUGUAUUUGUUGGAAAUGAACUUACCGGAUGCCAUUAUGGCAAAUGUGAGAGGUGUUUUAAAAUGUGGAGAUUGAAAGCAUGCAUUGUCGCGGAAAUGACCUACGAAGGCAUCAAACUGAGCUUCAAAGCUUAUGGCAGAAGUAUUUCCCAUGUUAUUAAAAGCAAUGGCAGCUCCACCUUGAGAAUACAGAAAAGCAGACUCCCCGAAUCCAUGAGAAAACUGAUGAAAAGCGAUCUAGAAAUAAGGAUUUCCGGUGUUGACAUCGCUAGGAAGCAACUGUGUGUCCAGCUGAAGGUCAACGUGAAGUACUUUGGGAAUAUAAAAUGGCCAAAGGGAAGUCCACAAUGCUUCACGCUAUAGGAAUUCCAGCGUUUCUAAGCUGCACAGAGAAAUCUGCCAUUCCUAAUUUAACGUGAACUGUAUGUCCACAUCCGGUUCCGGUCUACAAAGUUUCCAACUUUAUUUUUGUACAAGACAUUCACGUAAAUUCUGAAUUUAGUUUAAUCUAUCUACAUGUAUUCUUACUUUCUCUAUUCCAUACAUGAAGUCUAAACAUAUAUAAUCAUAUAAAACUACAAUAAAGAAAGAAAAUUUCA